AUUCAUUCAUGUUAACUUCGUUGUUGCGUACGGUUGUGCAGCGGCGAAAGAUAGUUGUUUUGUGUGUUUUUCAAAACAAACUUACCUCGCUGAAUAAUAUGCAACAAUUAUCAUAACACAAGAGUGUACAAUUUAAAGUGUGAAAGUGUGUGUGUGUGUUGUGUGAAGCAAAUAAAUAAGAACGCCAUGGCAGCAACUAUGCCGUUAUUGUUUCUGGCGUCGCUAUUGCUCUUGCAAGGAGCCACCGCCAGCGCCAGCGAAUCGGAUGCCGAUGUAGCCGCCCCCGAAGUUGUUGUUGCAGCUGCAACACAGCAAAAUUUGAAUGAGAAAAUCAAAGUCUUUACUGUGGCCACCGAACCGACUGAUGGAUAUCGCCGUUAUGUUCGAUCUGCCAAUGUCUACGAUAUUGAGGUGACCACGCUGGGCAUGGGCGAAGAAUGGCAAGGUGGCGACAUGAAAAGCGCUGGUGGCGGUUUUAAAAUCAAUCUGCUGCGAAAAGCAAUUGAAGACAUGAAGGAUGCAGAGGAUACCAUAAUAUUGUUUACAGACAGCUACGAUGUCAUCUUCACAGCUGCGCUCGACGAGAUUUUGGAAAAAUUCAAAGAGUCUGGUGCCAAGCUGCUCUUCUCGGCCGAAAAAUACUGCUGGCCGGACAAGAGUCUGGCAGAUCAGUAUCCCGAGGUGGAGGGCAAAGCCUCACGUUUUUUGAACUCGGGCGCAUUCAUUGGCUAUGCACCACAGGUGUAUGCGCUGCUGGAGGAGGCCAUCGAGAAUACUGGUGAUGAUCAGUUGUACUAUACUAAAGUGUUCCUGGACGAGGCGAAGCGUGCCAAGCUGGGCAUGAAGCUGGAUACGCAGUCUCGUCUGUUUCAGAAUCUACAUGGUGCCAAAAAUGAUGUUAAGCUAAAGGUGGACCUGGACUCCAAUCAGGGCACUCUGCAAAACAUUGAUUUUAUGACCACGCCCCUGAUUAUCCAUGGCAAUGGACUGAGCAAGGUCGAUUUGAAUGCCUAUGGCAAUUAUCUAGCCAAGACCUUCAGCGGCGUCUGCACCUUCUGCUUGGAGUAUCCCCUCGAGUUGAAUGAACAAAAUCUGCCUAUCAUUACGUUGGCUGUGAUGGUUCCCCAAGCUGUGCCCUUCUUCGAUAUGUUCCUGGCCAGCAUUGAGAAGCUCAACUAUCCCAAGGAAUCGAUGCAUCUCUUUAUGUACAGCAACGUCGCACUGCACGACGAUGCUGUUAAGUCCUAUGCGACUAACCAAGGCAAGAACUAUGCCAGCGCCAAGUUUGUGCUAUCCGUGGAUGAACUGGACGAACGUCAAGGCAGACAGUUGGCCCUCGACAAAGCAAAGCUGCAGCACAGCGACUACAUUUUCUUUGUGGACGCCGAUGCGCACAUCGAUGACAGCGAAGUGCUCCGAGAGCUGCUGAGAAUGAACAAGCAAUUUGUGGCGCCGGUGUUCUCCAAGUACCACGAACUGUGGAGCAACUUUUGGGGCGCGCUCUCCGAGAACGGUUAUUAUGCACGCUCCCACGACUACGUGGACAUUGUGAAGCGGGAUCUGAUCGGCAUGUUCAAUGUGCCACAUGUGACGACCAUUUAUCUGAUCAAGCAUAGCGCCUUCGAUGCCAUCAAGUUUGAGCACAACGAUUUCGACCCUGAUAUGGCCAUGUGCGAAUCACUAAGGAACGCGGGCAUCUUCAUGUACGUCAGCAAUCAGCGCUACCAUGGACAUUUGAUCAAUGCGGAUAACUUCAAUACCACAGUUGUGCGUCCCGAUUUCUAUACGUUGUUCAGCAAUCAGUAUGACUGGACCUUGAAGUAUAUCCAUCCAAAUUAUUCGACCCAGCUGAACGAGAGCAUGGUCAUACCACAGCCGUGUCCGGAUGUCUUCUGGUUCCAGAUUGUGUCCGAUGCAUUCUGCGAUGAUUUGGUGGCCAUCAUGGAGGCGUAUGGCAAAUGGUCCGACGGCAGCAACAACGACAAUCGUCUCGAGGGCGGCUACGAGGCAGUGCCCACGCGUGACAUACAUAUGCGCCAGGUGGGACUCGAUACGCUUUAUCUGAAGUUUCUGCAGAUAUUUGUGCGACCACUCCAGGAGCGCGUCUUUACUGGCUACUUCCAUAAUCCGCCACGCUCGCUAAUGAACUUCAUGGUGCGUUACCGGCCCGAUGAGCAGCCUUUCCUGCGCCCGCAUCACGACUCGUCCACCUAUACGAUCAACAUUGCCAUGAACAGUGUGGGCAUCGACUAUGAGGGCGGCGGCUGUCACUUUUUGCGUUAUAACUGCUCCGUUACGGAGACUAAGAAGGGCUGGAUGCUAAUGCAUCCCGGCCGAUUGACCCACUUCCAUGAGGGCUUGCUGGUGACCAAGGGCACACGUUAUAUUAUGAUUUCGUUUAUCGAUCCGUAGGCGUGGCAACUGGAAACUAUUUUUUUUACUGCCAUAAAGGCCACUCCAAAGAAUUUAUAUUUAGCCUAAAAUAGGAGAGCAAAUAAGCAACUCGAAUCAAAUCUAGUUUAGUCUUGGAAUGUGGUCUAUUGCCUUAGUUUGCGAUUUGUUUGCCAAACAUCCUGACUAAACACUGUUUGUCUCGAAAUUCCAGGGUCUGACACAAAACUUUAUAAGCAUUAAGUAUACUGUAAUUUUUUCGAAUGGUUUUGAACU